CAGCCGUGAAGUCACGAGUAUACACAGCUACACAGCAGGGACGACAGAGAUCGAGCUGCUGUGAUCGCAGCCCGCCCAGCCUCGAGCUUUCCCCGCGGUUUGGGAAGGCGGCCGCCCUCUUCAGGCAAAGGCCGGAUGGCGGAGCGAAGGAAGGGCGGUUGACCGCUGACGCCCGCUGACGCCAGCGUACGCCCGCUUGGCAAGGCGUCCCCGGCAGACGGCUUGCGUGCUAUACAAAGCGGCUGCCCAUGAGAAGGAGGAGGAGGUAGCAGCAGCAGCAUCACGGUGCACCAGACCCUAAGCAAGCCAACUUCGCCUCAUCGACCCUGCUCCUUUCUUGAUUGUUCCACACCACACACAUCUUCAUAUCCCUUAGACUUGUGAUCCCCACUCACAAAGUCUUCAACCCUUCGCCCAAGAUGGUCUCCGCUGCUGAGCUCAAGACUGACAACACCUCCCGCGUUGGCCUCGGCCUCGCUCGCUCGCUCAUCACCCCUGAUGCUCGCACCUUCACGCUGCUGGCUUGGGGCGCCGCAUUCGGUACAGCCGUCUGGCAAAACUUCAUCAGCGCUCCCAUCGCUUACAGCACCUUGCCACGCAAGUCUUUCGGGGAGUUGCAGGCUGCUUCGCUGCCCGCCUUCUUCACCCUCCAAGCUGGUGCCGGCGGUGUCCUGCUCUACUCUCACCUGCGCGACUAUCCCUUCAUCAAGCACACCGGUUUCGAUAUUCUUGACCGCGCUACUUACGUCGCAUUGACUCUUGGAACCACGAUCGGUCUGAACCUUGCCAACCUUUUCAUCGUCUACCCCGCCACCACCAAGCUCAUGAGGGAUCGCCACCGCCAAGAGCGCGCCGAGGGCAAGGAGGCUGAUGACCCCACUGCCUCUGACAAGCUCAAGACUCUGUCCAAGGAGUUCAUCGCUUCUCACAGCCUGAGCGCUGGCCUCAGCCUGGCUGCCUUCGGCGGCCUCGUCUUCCACGGCUUGUGGCUCGCCCGCUACGGCUUCUCCGAGGCCGCACUCAAGAGAUUGGGUUGAGCAAAUUCUUCUCCUCGUGACUAGGCCGUUAGAAAAACGACGGACACGAACAGUAGACUAAACGAAACGCUGGGAAGAAAUUCGCUUCGCAAUGAUGAAACACAUUCAAAUU